AUCGCAUGUCAAAACUCGGGUUAGAAACUCAUGGCCUGACUAGCUGCUAAGUGCUAACAACUCCUUCCUCCAUCGAAAGAGACCGAGCCAGCCAUCGCCAUAUGCUCUUUCUAAAACCCUAACCUCAGAAACCUCAGAAAUUCACUCACUCUUGAAAACUUGCAGCAAUCAUGUACGGUGGUGAUGAAGUGUCAGCUAUAGUCAUUGACUUCGGUUCUCACACUUGCAAAGCUGGUUAUGCCGGCGAGGACGCACCCAAGGCCGUCUUUCCUUCUGUUGUGGGAUCAAUUGAUCAAAUGGAUGUUGAUGACAUGACAAGCAACGAGAAGAAUGCUGCUGUAGAUUCUAAAAAUAGUGUCAAAGAUUCUGAAAAAGGGAAGGGAAAACGUAAAUUAUUUGUAGGAUCUCAGGCCUUAGGGUUUCGUCGGGACCAUAUGGAGGUGUUAUCCCCUUUUAAGGAUGGGAUUGUUGCUGACUGGGAUAUUGUGGAUAACAUAUGGGAUCAUGCUUUCAGGGAGUGUCUAUUGAUUGAUCCAAAGGAGCAUCCAAUGCUACUUGCAGAACCUUCAUCCAACAGUCAACAACAGAGAGAAAGGACAGCAGAGCUUAUGUUUGAAAAGUACACUGCUCCUGCAUUAUUUUUGGCGAAGAAUGCUGUUUUAACAUCUUUUGCAUCAGGACGUGCUACCUCGCUAGUUGUUGAUAGUGGUGGAGGAUCAACUACAAUUGCGCCAGUCCAUGAUGGUUAUGUUAUUCAAAAGGCUGUGGCCUUUUCUCCUAUUGGGGGAGAACUUCUUACUGAUUGCUUGAUGAAAAGCUUGGAGAGCAAAGGGGUCAUGAUAAAACCAAGGUACUCUUUCAAAAGAAAGGAAAUACAGCCGGGCGUGUUUCAGACAGUGGAUCUUAAUUUGCAAAAUACAACUGAAAGCUACAGACUCUACUCUCAGAGAGUGAUUGCAAGUGAUAUCAAGGAAUGUGUGUGUCGUGCACCAGAUACGCCCUAUGAUGAAAGUUCAUACUCAAACAUUCCAAUGACUCCAUAUGAGCUUCCGGAUGGCCAGACAAUUGAAAUUGGAGCUGAUAGAUUCAAGAUUCCAGAUAUUCUAUUCAAUCCAUCCUUGGUUCAGACAAUUCCUGGUAUGGAUAAUUUUGUGGAGAUUGCUCCUAGUGUUCGCGGUUUGCCACAAAUGGUUAUUGAAAGCAUUAAUAAGUGUGAUGUUGAUAUUCGAAGAGAACUGUUCAGUAGUAUACUGCUUGCUGGUGGAACAGCAUCAAUGCAACAGUUGAAGGAACGGCUUGAGAAAGAUUUGCUUGAGGAGUCUCCUCAAGCUGCCAGAGUUAAAGUGCUGGCUAGUGGAAAUGCAACUGAAAGGAGAUUCAGUGUCUGGAUAGGAGGGAGUAUAUUGGCAUCUCUUGGUUCAUUCCAGCAGAUGUGGUUCUCCAAGGCCGAGUAUGAAGAGCAUGGGGCGUCUUAUGUACAGAGAAAAUGCCCUUGAUACAAUAUUUGUGAAGGUAGCUGUGCAGAAGGUUGUAUCAGUUUUCGUGGUGGAUAAUUUUAUGGUUGGUGAAGCUGUCUUUCAUGUCAUCUGAGUGCUAACAUUUUGGGGAUCAUAUAGAUUCCAAGCAAGUUCAGAGCAUCCACUGCCACCACGAAAAAUUAGCUUAGAUUACAUUAUUAUCAUCAUCAUUUUCCUGACUUUGCUUAACAUUAGCUUUGUAUCAGCAUUUUCCAUCUUGCAUCCCCUUCACGCAUGCCGUGACUAACUAUUUGACCCUCUAGCAUAGGUCGAUGCCCAUUUGUAUGGACCGCCAAGGGUUGUCUAUAUAACAUGUUACUAUUGACAAA